AUGGAGUUGUCGGUCAAGCCCUUCCAAAUCAAUGUCGCGGGGUCGAAGUUGGAAUCCCUGGAGAAGAAGCUCAGUCUCGCCGAGUUUACGGACGAUACGCCCAUGUCCGACAAUUGGGACUACGGCGCACCGGUGUCAGACAUCAAGCGACUUUUCACCACUAACAUUGCCAUUGAUGGGUUUGGCAAGCUCCAAAUACACUUUGCCCACAAGAAGAGCGGCCGACCGGGGAGCAUCUCGAUGCUGUUCUGUCACGGGUUGGCACCCUCGCUCCCGAACUUCGGGUUCUCGCAGGGGCCUUCCAAGCCGGGCUUUGGGAUUCCGCAGUAUGCCGAGUGCAUGCACAAGCUGAUGCUCAAGCUGGGCUACGACAAAUACGUCACCCAGGGAGGCGACUGGGGCUUCUCCGUCACGUGCUUCAUUGGGAUCCUCUUCCCGGAGCACUGCCUGGCCUCGCACCUCAACUACGUCCACACCAACCCGCCGACGCCGCUCAAGCACCCGCUUCUCUACCUCCAGAACCGGAUGCCCCGCACCGCCCGGGAGCGCGCGGGCCUCGCCCGCACGCAGUGGUUCUUCGAGCACAGCGCAGAGAAGCGCACGCGCCCUGCGACCCUGAGCCACGCGCUCGCCGACUCGCCGGUGGCGCUGCUCGCGUGGAUCCACGAGAAGCUGCACGACUGGACUGACGCGUACCCGUGGACCGGCGACGAGGUCCUGACCUGGGUGUCGGUGUACUGGUUCUUGGCGGCCGGCCCGGCCGCCAGCGUGCGUGCGCAUCUACUACGAGAGCGCGCACCCGCGCGACCUGCGGUCCGAGAGCACAACCCGCGCGUCAGGCUGGGCCUGUCGUACUUCCAGCAAGACCUGCUCGCCUGGCCGCGGUGCUACGGCCGGACUCUGGGGCCCGUCGUCUUUCGAGGCCGUGCAUGACGGGGGGGCCCCUUUGCCGCGCACGAGCGGCCGGAGCUGUAGUCGGGGACCUGAGGAAGAUGCUUGGGGAGGGGGGCGGUGCGCGUGCGGUUGCGAGGACUUGGGCUGCGUAGGCUGUCAUAGUGUGUGGGAGGUUGGCUCUGAGGCCUUGGGCCACCCAUCUCACGUCCCGAGAACCCGAGUUUGCUCUGAAAACGCGAGAGGAGAUACCAUAGGACGUUCAGCAGGGUGGGUGGUUGAACGCGAAGAUACGUGUGGUGGCAGUAAUCUACCUCCCACUGAGAUCAUCUGGCCAACCUUCCGUUUCGACGGGAAAGAGUUGCUGACAAGCAGAGAAAACCAGGGUGAGAAUGUGGUCUUACUUGCUACUUUGCUAUAUUUGAGAAUUAUGU